GAAGCGGAACAGGGCCAUCACGGCCCGCAGACAGCACCUGAAGAGCGUGAUGCUCCAGAUCGCGGCCACGGAGCUGGAGAAGGAGGAGAGCCGCCGCGAGGCCGAGAAGCAGAACUACCUGGCGGAGCACUGCCCACCACUGCACAUCCCGGGCUCCAUGUCCGAAGUGCAGGAGCUCUGCAAACAGCUGCACGCCAAGAUUGACACGGCUGAAGAGGAGAAGUACGACAUGGAGGUGAGGGUGCAGAAGAGCAGCAAGGAGCUGGAGGACAUGAACCAGAAGCUGUUCGAUCUGCGGGGCAAGUUCAAGCGGCCCCCACUGCGGAGGGUGCGCAUGUCGGCCGACGCCAUGCUCAAGGCCCUGCUGGGCUCCAAGCACAAGGUGUGCAUGGACCUGAGGGCCAACCUCAAGCAGGUCAAGAAGGAGGACACAGAGAAGGAGCGGGACCUGCGAGACGUGGGUGACUGGAGGAAGAACAUCGAGGAGAAGUCGGGCAUGGAGGGUCGGAAGAAGAUGUUCGAGUCGGAGUCCUAGGCUCCUCGUCAGCCCACGCCUGCCCGGGGCCCAGCUCCCAGCAGAGCACACCGGGGGCACGCACCCAGAGCCUGCCGUGGAGGGCUGGCCUUGUGUCCACUGUCAAUAAAGGAUCUGAAUCCCC